GUGUCGCAGAAGACAUUGCGCCGCGUGUCCAGCUAAACCCUUUAAAACUACACUUCCCUCCCACUGGUCGGUUACGCAGCGUUAACGGAUAAACUGGCUCGGGCAUAUACUGCAAUAACUGUGGAGCUUCUUGCAAACAGCUGUCUCGCCGCCAGGAACAAAACACUGACGUCUGUGUGCUGCUGACAGCUGACAGAAAUGUCAGAGACCUCCAGCGAUGCAGAGUCCUCCUGUGGAUGGACUAUUAUUAGUAAUGAGGGUUCAGAUAUUGAGACUUUGGGAUCCGAGACAGCAGUGGAGUACGGAGCUGAGCUGUUAGAGCGCCCUCUGGUGCAAGAACCAGAGGCGCAGGAUGUUCAGACAUCAGUAUCUGCUGCUGUGUGUGCAGAAGAAAGGACUGCUGAUUCACUGGACAACACUCUGGGAGAACAAACUUUAGAUGAGACACUGAACGCCUCAGAGGUCGGAGACGAAGCUGCAGGGAAAGAGCCCGUGCUGUCCUCCAGCGACCUCUCCGACAUCGUGACUCUGCCAGACUUGAAGGAGGGGGAGCAUGCCGAAGUGGAAGAAGAGGCAGCCGUCCAUGAAGAUCUUUACCUCGGCACCUCCUGCAGCAGCCAGUACGCCUUCAGUGCUGCAGAGACCGGUUUGUUGUUGAGUCACUGGAAACUUCCACAGACUCUGAUGAACUUAAGCAGCCGUCUGAGAAGUCAGCUGACCGGUGGCCGCUCUUUUCCAGUUUUCCCAGUGCAGCCGCCAGCGGUGACAAACUCGAGCAGCAGCGAGGACGAGGCUGGACGCAGCGCCAGCACUGUUGUACGAAGACGAAGGUUGAGGAGGAGUACCACAAACACCGUGACUGACCCAGAGGACGAGGCUGUGUUGGAAUCUCGCCCAAGUGAUGAUGAUGAUAAAGGGGAGCAGGAGGUUAAAGAACAGAAGCAGCAGCAAGAGGAGGAGGAGACUGAAGUGAGAAGAGCUGCUCGGGAUGUUGAAGAGAGAGCCCAAAACAGCAGCAUCUUCAAAACGUCAAUCCUCAUCACUGUCGUAAUAGCUGCCUUCCUGUGUUUGGGUCACUUCUAUGAGAAAUACGAGAUAAAAAAGAAGCUCUUUGAUGAUGACUAUGUGAUGGACCUUACAUCCCAGGAAGAGUUGUUCGAGUAUGGCAUGGAAGAAAUGCAUGACGACCAAAUUCCAUUGCUCAUGGAGCUUGAGAGUAUUAGGAACGAGAACCAGGAGCUCAUUCUGAAACAGGCUCAUGUUCAGACCCAGAGAGAUAAGUUGGAAAUGUUGCUGAAAGAGAAGGAGGAGGAGAACACUAACAUGGUGUCUCAGCAGCAGAAGUUAGCAGCUGAGAACCAGCUGCUGAAAAGCUCUCUGCAGCGAGAAGAGAUGUCGUUGUCAGCCUUACAGGAGGAGCUGAAGAGUCUGCACUCUAAGAUCAGAGAUCUGGAGUCGAUGGAAGAAGGAGCCGACUUGCUGCUGUCAGAAAACCAGAACCUGAAAGAGCAGCUGGAGGAAGAGAAGCAGGUGACCAGAAGCUUCCACGGCCAGCUGACUAACAUGAUGGUCGAAACACAGACGCUGAGAAAGAAAUUUGACAAAGAGAGGAAGGUCACGGAUGAGCUGAGGAGAGAGCUAAGUCAACUGAGAAGUCGAUUCCCAGGAGCCGGAAAGGAAUUGGGUUCAGAGGCGGAGGAGCUGCAGUCCCGCCUGAUGGAGCUGGAGAAGAGACUGAGCUUUGAGCAGCAGCGCUCUGACCUGUGGGAGCGGCUGUAUGUGGAGACCAAAGAGGAAAGAGCCAAAGGAGACACAGAGCCCAAAGUGAAAAAACCAAAGCAUGGCAUGGCGGGAAAAGUGAAGGAGACGUUUGAUGCUGUGAAGAACUCCACCAAGGAGUUCGUACACCACCACAAGGAGCAGAUUAAGAAAGCCAAAGAGGCUGUGAAGGAGAACCUGAGGAAGUUCUCUGACUCUGUCAAAUCCACUUUCAGACAUUUCAAGGAUUCUGCCUCAACCUUCAUCAAUAAAGCCCGAGGGUUUUAUAAACAGAGAAGCAAUGAGAAGAAUUCAAGGGAGUCGUGGCAGCACAGAUCCCACAAGCCUCAUCAACGACACAAACACGACUCUGGCCACAACACCCGGAAGUCAGGAGACAAAGUUCACCAGGACUGGGAGCAAAACACUCACAAAGCCCACAUGAAGGGAUGCUCCGGGGUUUUCGACUGUGCCUACCAGGAAUCCACCAGGCUCUUCAACAAAGCCACAGAGCCAAUCAGAGCUGACGAGUUUCACAAGCUGCUGCAGAGCUACCUGCAGCAGGAGGUCGACCACUUCCACCAUUGGAAGGAGCUGGAGACGUUCAUCAACAACUUCUUCUGCAACGGAGUGUUCAUUCACGACCAGAUGCUGUUCACAGACUUUGUGAGCGGGGUUGAAAACUUUCUCGCAGACAUGCGCAAGUACCACGGCCUCGAUGAUGACACUUUCGGGGAUGUUGAUGACUACAUCUACAGGCACUUCUUUGGAGAAACAAACACAAAGAGUUACAGCCCGAGUGGGCCGUUUGAAGGACCCGAGGCAGACUCAAAGGAGGAAUCGAGGACAAAGCAGGAGCAGCGUAAGCAGCAGCGAGCCCGGUCUCGACCCCACAGCGAACGCAAGUGGAGCCGAUCAGGAAGAAAUGCAGACAGACACAUGGCUGACGUGAAGAUAGAGCUGGGCCCGAUGCCCUUUGACCCCAAAUACUGAAGCGAUUUCAGCUAGUUUAUUACAAUGGCUACAAACUUUAGUUGCAAAGUCAUCUUUUUUGUUUUUGUAAGUUUGCACAACUUUUGAAUGCUACUGAACGGCCUUCAGCUCUUUGGUGUUUGGUGAAGAAAUCAUUAGGUUGGAGUGGAAGACGCGGCCUAACUACAUGUAGCUUGAGUUUAUCUAAGAUGUUAAACUGAGUCAUUCUUUAAAUUUUGGCUGGUAAAUUUUAGACUGAUGAGCACCUCCCUCUUCAGCCCCAACACCUUCAUUUAAAAACAGCAGAGACU